CCGUCUUCAAGCUCUGGAGGAGGCGCUGCUGCUGCUGCUGGAUCAACUGAUUCUUCAGCACCCAGACGAAAUUCCAAGCGACCCAAAUAUUCGAAGUUUACUCAACAGGAACUUCCUGCUUGCAAACCAAUUCUUACACCAAGAUGGGUGAUUUCAGCAUUCAUGCUUGUUAGCAUUGUCUUUAUUCCCAUUGGAGUAGCCUCCUUGUUUGCUUCUCGGGAUGUGGUUGAAAUUAUUUAUCGUUAUGAAACUGACUGCAUACCAGUAGCCAAUAGAAGUGAUACGGUCAAAUACAUUCAAAGCUCUGAGGAUAAAACUUGCAACAGAACGUUAACGGUACCGAAGCAUAUGAAGCAACCUAUUUAUGUGUAUUAUCAGCUUGACAACUUCUACCAGAAUCAUCGCAGGUAUGUGAAGAGCCGGAGUGAUCAACAGUUGAAAUCUGGCAAGGAUGGCGAUGUUGAAAGCACAUGUCAACCUGAAGCUUCAGCGAAUAACAUGACGAUUGUGCCUUGCGGUCUUAUAGCUUGGAGUUUGUUCAAUGAUACUUACAGCUUUUCUGUCAACAGCAGCCAGCAAUUGACAGUAAACAAGACGGAUAUCUCAUGGAAGAGUGAUAGGGAACACAAGUUUGGAAAAGAUGUCUUCCCUAAAAAUUUUCAAAGUGGAGUUGUUAGAGGGGGUGCAAAUCUUAGUUUGUCCAAACCAUUGAGUGAGCAGGAGGACCUCAUUGUAUGGAUGAGAACUGCAGCGCUUCCGACAUUUAGAAAGUUGUACGGGAGGAUAGAGGUGGAUCUACAGGAAAACGAUGUGAUUCAGGUGACAUUGCAGAACAAUUACAACACCUAUAGUUUUAAUGGAAAGAAGAAGCUUGUUCUUUCUACAACUACCUGGCUUGGUGGAAAGAAUGACUUUCUUGGCAUUGCAUACCUCACUGUUGGCGGCUUGUGCUUCUUUCUGGCUAUGGCUUUCACCGUUGUAUAUCUAGUUAAGCCAAGGCGACUUGGAGAUCCAUCAUAUUUGUCAUGGAACCGAAACCCAGGAGGUCACUGAGCAAGCUUGUGACACAUUUUGAAGGGGGCUUUGCUUUGCUUUGCUUUGCUUUGGCUUUGCUUGGUACACUCAUCAUUAGUGGAUGACGCUUUAUGUGACAAUGUGAAAAUGAAACUGUGAAGUGAUGAUAUUACUACAUAUAUAUAUAUAUAUAUAUAUAUGUAUGAGACGUCAGUUUGAAGCAUUGUUGUGUAGUUGUUGUAUGGAAUUUUGAAUCUUGUGGCAUUGGUUAUGUAUUAUAAAAUUUUAUGUAUAAUUUUACAAAUAUAAUAUAAUACAAGUUCUUGUUUUUAUUUUAA